AUGCCUCCUCCAUCAACACACAUCACUCCCAUCUCCCCCCCCAUCUCCAGGUUCAGGUCCAGGUCCAAAAGGCACACUGCCCCCACCUUUAAACAUAGGAACCCAUUCAAUCCAUCCAGCCCGAUACAGAAUCCAGGCCCAGAAUUCAUGUUCAAUGUUCAGUUCGCCGUCGGUCACCCCUCGGCGAGGCCGCCCUCGCAUCAUUCAUCAUCGCACAAACAAGAAAACAGACACCUCCCUCCCGAAAUCAAAUCUAAAAAAACCAAGCACUGGGACGAAACACGACACACGAUGAUUUCAGGUGUCGUCGUAUGGGUUCUUAAAGUUGUGAUUAUCGCCAUCAGUGGUGGGCCGGGGUCGGUAAACACCGUGUGUGCGGUCACGCAUUCGAGUAUGCCGAAUCCCAUAACUGUCCAUGGUGCUACUCAGAGCGUCCGUGCACUGUUAUCGUCUGAAUCUGAUUUGGGUGGUGGUGGCCGCGAUGGACGUGGGCAAAUGUGA